AGUCCACGCCCCUUUACGUAUGCGGUGACCUUAAAUCGUCGUAAUGAAUAUUCUAUCGUAGCCGUGGAGUACUGUCGGUAGUCGAAAUCCGACCGCGGAGUGCCGCCACGCGAGCUCAUAUCACACUGUUGUCGAAACAUACGAUACUGUUUACAAAACACGUUCCCACUUUCCCACACAAAACAUCUAUAUCUCAGAACAGUUAAUAUUUUGUGGUCAAAUGCAGUGAUGGGUGACUUCAGAGUGCGGGGUGCAACUAGGAUCUACGUAAUACUUUUCUGUACGAUCGUUAAAGCUGUGUUCAGUACCGGACUUGGAAAAUGUCCCUUAUACCCGUCGCUGCCUAACUUCGAUAUUAAACGGAUGGAAGGGACAUGGUACGAAGUCGAGCGAUCGUUUUACCUGAUGGAGAUAUCAGCGAGCUGCACAGAGCUGGAAGUGAUUCUCAACGAGCGAGGGUACCUCCUCAUCACAGUCAAUACUAUCAACAGAUGGACAGGUAGUCCAUCAACGACGUACGGGAUCGGUAUUCCGAACCACAACGGUUCGUCGACAUUCCGGUAUAAACUGAACAACCGAAUGCCUUACAUCAUCGGUCAGCUGCUGCCCGGCGCAGGGCUUUACAAUAUACUGUUCACAGACUACGACCAGUUCGCUAUCGUCUGGUCUUGUAAUAGCGUCAGUUUUGCUCAUUCAGAUCGCAUGUGGAUCUUAGGACGAUCGCGGGAGAUCGAGGCGAGCGUGCGCGCACAUAUCUACGCAAUCAUGGAGGAGUUAAAGCUCGACUCCGACCGGCUCGUCAUCUCCAAGAACAAUAACUGCACCGCCACAGAAUACAUCACUAACCAUAUAAGAGCAAUAAAUUAG